AUGACGUGCGUCAAUGCGGAGAUGUUCGAUCCCUUCCGCUUCGCAAGGAUGCAUGUGGACCGCGACCGCGACCGCGUGAAGCAUAAAGUCGUCAAGACGUCGGUUGACUACAUCUCUUUUGGGCACGGAAAGCAUGCCUGGUACGUCGACCCGUCAUUCCCGCCUGUCCCGACAUCCAAGGCACGCACUGUAACCGCUACGAACCUCAUGGCCCAAGACGGGCUCACGGACGACGGGGGCCGAUCAGAGAACAUCUAUCAUAGGUCAGGGUCAGGGUCAGGGCCGGGGUCGGGGUCGGGACAGGCGCCAGAGCUGAACGAGCUGGUGCUCGUCCAUCUGUCAACGUCCCAAAACUCGCCCGAGGCCAUGCGCACCGAGUUUGUCAACAGCAUGCUCCGCACGAAAUCGAAGGCCCAGAAGGACGCGGUCAUCGCGACGAGCCUCAUGCCCGUUGCGUACGCGGUCGACGUCCGAGCGACGCUGAUCUGGCCGUUCAACGGGCUCGCCGAGAUUGACGGCAUAUGGGCGUAAGCGUCCAUCCGCGGCGCGAAGGUCGCGCGUUCGAUGACGAAGCAGCUCCAGGCUUUGGAUGGGGCGCACGAGUCAAGGGACGACAAUGAGAAGAACGGGAAGAGUGGGAGGAAGGCGCAGAAAUAGAAAUACCUAAAGCUCACCUUUACGCCCUCCACGCGCGUCCAAACGCUGGCCCGCUACCUCGCCGCGCGCUGUCACGAGCGAGAUCCGCACAUGUUCCCGCCGGCUGGAUGGGUCCCGACGGAGACCGAGGUGCUUGAGGCGAUCGGGUGGGCGCCGAGUCAAACGGGCGGGGUGAGGAAGAACUGGGAGGAGGAGCAGUGGGAGAUGUCUGAGGUUAGAGACGAUUUCAGACAAGUGAUGCAGAAGGGUGCGAAGGAGUGGGAGAAAUGGUACAAGGCGUUCGAGGGAAACCCGAAGAAGACGUUGAAGAAGUAAUUUAGAGCACCUCGGUUGCGAAUCGCCUUGAAUGAAUUCAUACGAUAUAGACGAAUUUGACGAGAAGGUCUCCCCCGCCGUUCACAAUUGAAUGAGAGGCAGUUCGUUGAUGGGAUAUAUAUAUGUUGGGAGGUGAGCUAGUAUGAGGUAGCUGGAAGGAGGAUUUUGAGCGCCGAUCCUGGUGCCCUGGCAGUACUUGCUCGGCGAUUGACAUUCCACGACUCCCUUCACUGCAGCCACG